AUUGGUUUACAUAAGCACUAAUGUUUGAAAGUGCCCUGUCCUUGAGUUUUACAUCCUCUCGCUCUCGAUUAUGUCCAUAGAGACAGAACAAUGGGAUUCAUUUACACUCUCCGCGUUUUAAUCAAAUCAAUUUUGGUCCUUAUUUUGUGGUCCAAAUGCGAGGGUCGGGAGUCAGAGUUUAACUACGUCACCUGCGGUUCGCUUGUGAAAUUGCUGAACACGAGACACAACGUUCGGCUGCACUCUCAUGAUGUAAAAUACGGCUCAGGCAGUGGUCAGCAGUCUGUGACGGGCGUGGAGAGUGCAGAUGACGCCAACAGUUACUGGAGGAUUCGGGGGAAGCCCGACGGGACCUGCCAACGCGGCGUGCCCAUCCGGUGUGGUCAGGCCGUCCGCAUCACGCACAUGACCACGGGACGCAACCUCCACACACACCACUUUAGCUCGCCGCUGUCCAACAACCAGGAGGUGAGUGCGUUCGGCGAGAACGGCGAGGGGGAUGACCUGGACGUGUGGCGAGUGCAGUGCGACGGCUCCAUCUGGGAGCGGGACGAGGCGGUGCGCUUCAAACACGUCGGCACCGACGCCUUCCUGAGCGUGACGGGCGAGCAGUACGGCAACCCCAUCCAGGGGCAGAGGGAGGUGCACGGCAUGAGCACUGCCAACCAGAACAACUACUGGAAGGCUAUGGAGGGUGUGUUCAUUCUCCCCAGCCAAGAACCGCUGAGACACCAUCACGAAGAGCUCUGAUGACAUCGUCAAGCUAACGAGACACCAUCACGGAGAGCUCUGAUGACAUCAUCAAGCUAACGAGACGCCGUCACGAAGAGCUCUGAUGACAUCAUCAAGCUAACGAGACGCCAUCACGGAGAGCUCUGAUGACAUCAUCAAGCUAACGAGACACCGUCACGAAGAGCUCUGAUGACAUCAUCAAGCUAACGAGACGCCGUCACGAAGAGCUCUGGUGACAUCGUCAAGCUGCUGCGUCACGGUGAGCUCUGACGUCAUGACGAGCUCUUGACGACGUCACAAUGAGUGCCGACGAUCUCAUCGGACAUCGUCACAUAAUAUUGCGCCUCUGCUUCUUCUGAAACGGAACCCUAUUCUAUAAUAUAUACAUACCCACAUGACUCUGAUCAACAAAAAUAGUGCGCUAAAAUAGGGAGCCACGUCAGACGGUGCAAGUCGACUGCAGGAUGACACUGAUGCAGCAGCUACCUGGGUCAAGAUGGCGCCUAUGACUUUGUUAUGACAUUCUUUCGUAUACCCGUUAGCCAACCGGGAACAACUUUUGAUGACUAUUGACUACUGAAUAUAGGCUUACGUUAGGAGCGUCCGGCUCUGUGCAGUCGGUCUCUGGUGCCGGGAGCAGACAGGGAGAUGAGAAGGUUGUCUGACGAUGAGAAUCGGUUGACGUUUUUGAAUUUGACACAUCUCUGAACAAAAUGGGAUUGAAGAAUUUGGCUUUGGUUAGUUUGAGGGAGAAUGUGGUGAGGCAGUUGUCCUGCUCUGAUAUCAGAGGUAUUAGCACCUGCCUGCAGGGGGGGGGGGAAUCUAUGGGAAACUGCCAUUUCCAGGUGAAUCUACUGUGCCUGUCUACUCCUUAGCGACCGACAUCCUGAUGGCAAUAAAAACAAACAUUGUCUGGAUUUUUCACUUCCAAGGUUGACACCUGUAGCUGCUGUGCUCACCCUUUAGCUCUAGCUGCUGUGCUCACCCUUUACCUCUAGCUGCUGUGCUCACCCUUUACCUGUAGCUGCUGUGCUCACCCUUUACCUCUAGCUGCUGUGCUCACCCUUUACCUCUAGCUGCUGUGCUCACCCUUUACCUCUAGCUGCUGUGCUCACCCUUUACCUCUAGCUGCUGUGCUCACCCUUUACCUCUAGCUGCUGUGCUCACCCUUUACCUCUAGCUGCUGUGCUCACCCUUUACCUCUAGCUGCUGUGCUCACCCUUUACCUCUAGCUGCUGUGCUCACCCUUUACCUGUAACAAUGACAUCACAUUUAGACACCACCUACUGUGAGGCCUUUCCCCCGGGAACAUGACUCACCUGACUUGCUUUUGGGAGUGUUUUCUUAUUGUGUUUAGACUUAUUUUAUGUUUGAAUGUCGGGAAAGGAUAUUGUUUAUUUGUAUAGUGGAAGACCAUAUGAUUGAAGUUAUUUGGAACACCAUUUUUAAGGCUGUUUAUUUUUUAGUUUUCUGCCGUUUUCAUUGUGGGUCAUCGGGGAGGAUAUUUUCUAGUCUGUAAUAUAGAGCCUCAACUCCAUAUGUUAUCAUGAAACACCUUCGUUUGGGCUAGUUGCUCUUUCGACGAUGAAUAACAAAUGAAUAAAAACAUUGUGUUUCUGUG